UCUCGGUUCCCGGUGGGCGCGGUGGGGCUGGGAUCGAGCGGGCGCGUGUACGUGGGCGUGAACCUGGAGUUCCCGGGGCUCCCCCUCCACCACUCGGUGCACGCGGAGCAGUUCCUGGUGGCGAACGCCGCGGCGGCGGGGGAGGCGGGGAUCCGGUGCAUCGCCGUGUCGCACAUGCCCUGCGGCCACUGUCGCCAGUUCCUCCAGGAGCUCCGCGCGGCGCCGGAGAUCCGGAUCCUCGUCACCUCCGACGGCCCCGCGGCGGCGUUCCGGCCCCUCUCCGCGCUGCUCCCGCGGCCCUUCGGCCCCCCCGACCUCCUCCACAAGGACGUGCCCCUCCUCCUCGAGCCCCACGACAACGACCUCGGCCCCGCCGCCAUUGCCGCCGCGGAGGACGGCGUCGAGGGGGCGGCGGACGAGAGGCUGAGGGCGGCGGCGGAGGCGGCUGCGAGGGCGGCGUACGCGCCGUACAGCGGGUGCGCGGCGGGGUUCGCGGUGGCGGACGCGGCGGGGAGGGUGCACGCGGGGGCCUACGCGGAGUCGGCGGCGUACAACCCCAGCCUGGGGCCGGUGCAGGCGGCGAUGGUGGCCAUGACGGCGGCGGAGGCGGAGCGAGGCGGAGGUGGGGCGGCGGCGCUCGUGGAGAAGGAGGGGCGGGCGGUGUCGCACGAGGCCACGGCGAGGAUCUUCCUCGCCGCGGUGGCCCCGAGGGCCCACCUGCGCGUCUACCGCUUUCGACGUCCGAUCAAGCCUAGACGGGACAGAUCUGCCGAUUCUACUUGCCCACUGGAUGAGGGAAAUGGACGGUGGGGUUUGGAAGAUUUAUCUGCAUUGUGAAGACGAGGAUGUUUUGGCUGGUUUGCUCUGGUGGAUUCUUCAGGCAUAAUGUUGUUAUUGUUAUUAUUAUUAUUAUUAUUAUUAUUAUGUUGGCAAACAAUCACGGGCUUCAGAUAUGUGGUGUGGAUAAUUUGAUGGGGAAUUUCUUUUCUGUCUAAUGGAUCAUUUUGAUGAGGAGGUUCUUCAAUUUUUUUUCUUUUUUUUUCUUCUAUAUGGUCAUUUAAUUCUCCAUUUCAGAUGCUUGGCUGGCCUGUUACUGUAUUAUCUUUUUUUCUAUAUAUAUUUUUUUGUUUGGUUUAUAUAA